CGAAGGUACUGGACAUGAGCUCCAUGUUCCAUGGAGCCACUGCAUUCAACAUGCCCAUCGACAACUCGACGUGAUCCGCUGGAGCUGUCCCGGAAGGACGGGGAUCUACUCUUAAUCUAAGUGAUCUAAGUGAUCCAGAGUCAGACCAUCGAUGGUCCAGUUUUGAUCGAUGACCAGAUGGUUUAGAUCUAUAUAGUGAUCUCAAGUGUCAGGUUUUGAUCAGUUUUGACAUCAAUGGUCAGGGCCAGAUUGUGACGGUUUUGCGCGGGGCUAAACUGGUAACACCUGCAACCACUUGCGAACAUCGACCACGUAAGUGGUCCUACAGACAAUUGGUAUGUUGUUUCAGGAAAAAGGAUUUGAAAUGUCCUUUUUGAGAGAGCCAAGGCACGUGGAACACAACAAGUGUGCAGACAAUGCACAAGAUGUUCUACAAGGCUUCCAAUUUCAAUGAGCCACUUGAUGCUUGGGACACAGCGGCAGUCGUUGACAUGGAAGACAUGUUCUUUGGAGCCAGUUCCUUUGAUCAGCCCAUCGGUGCUUGGGACACGGGCAAUGUCCGAUCCAUGAAGGGCAUGUUCGCCUAUGCUGCGAAGUUCAACCAACCCAUCGGGUCGUGGAAUACGUCUGCUGUCACUGACAUGUCCUAUAUGUUUUACGGAGCCAGAUCCUUUGACCAACCCAUCGGUGCUUGGGACACACGCAGUGUCCGAGACAUGAACAGCAUGUUCUACAAUGCUGCCAAGUUCAACCAGCCCAUAGGGUCAUGGAACACCUCUGCAGUCACAGACAUGUCCUUUUUGUUCUACAGAGCCAGCUCUUUUGACCAACCCAUGGGUGCUUGGGACACGAGCAAAGUCCGAACCAUGAGAAGCAUGUUCUACCAUGCUGCGAAGUUCAACCAACCCAUCGGGUCGUGGAAUACGUCUGCUGUCACUGACAUGUCCUAUAUGUUUUACGGAGCCAGAUCCUUUGACCAACCCAUCGGUGCUUGGGACACACGCAGUGUACUGGACAUGAGCUCCAUGUUCCAUGGAGCCACUGCAUUCAACAUGCCCAUCGGACGUUCGGCCGAAUUUUUGUCAUGA